AUGGCUUCCAGCCAUCAAGCCCUUCCAGUAUCGGCCAUCCUGAAAUCCAAAAGCGAAGUCGAGGAUGAGCCCAAGAAGAAGUCCAGGGAGGAUUGGCGUAAGGCCAAAGAGCUAGAGGAGGCUCGAAAAGCCGGUACAGCUCCGGCGGCGGUAGACGAGGAAGGUAAAGACAUCAAUCCGCACAUUCCGCAGUACAUAUCUACAGCUCCCUGGUACUACGGAACGUCCGGCCCCACUUUGAAGCAUCAGAGACCCCAGGAUGAGAAACAUAAGGAGUAUUCGGAUUUGAACGAUUGGUACAAGCGAGGCGUGGAUACUUCGAAGAUCGUAACAAAGUAUCGAAAAGGCGCUUGCGAAAACUGCGGAGCCCUGACUCACAUAAGGAGGGAUUGCAUGGACAGACCCCGUAAAGUCGGAGCUAAAUAUUCCGGUGCGAAUAUAGCGCCUGAUGAGUAUAUCCAAAAAAAUUUAUCACUAAGUUUUGACGGUAAAAGAGAUAGAUGGAGUGGUUACGAUCCCUCUGAGCACAAAACGGUUAUCGAGGAAUUCCAGAAAGUGGAGGAAGCCAAACGGCAACUGAAAUCGGAUAAAUUGAAUGCGAACGAAGAGUCCGACGACGAAGAAAAAGACGAGGACAAAUACGUGGAUGAAGUGGACAUGCCCGGAACGAAAGUAGACAGCAAACAAAGAAUAACGGUCAGGAAUUUGCGUAUACGAGAAGAUACGGCUAAAUACCUGAGAAAUUUGGAUCCUAACUCGGCGUACUACGACCCCAAAACCAGAUCGAUGAGGGAAGAUCCGAAUCCCGGAAACGACGCCACAUACCACGGGGAGAAUUUUGUUCGGUUUUCCGGAGACACUACGAACCACGCGAGAGCUCAGCUGUUUGCAUGGGAAGCGCACGGUAAAGGAGUGGAUGUUCAUUUGCUCGCGGAACCCACGAAAUUGGAAUUGUUGAAGAAAGAAUACGAGAAAAAGAAAGACGAGGUUAAGUCGAAUAUUCAGGGAACGGUUUUAGAGAAAUAUGGAGGUGAGGAGUACCUCGAAGCGCCUCCGAAGAGUUUACUGUUGGCUCAAACUGAAAACUACGUUGAAUAUUCGAGAUCGGGUAAAGUUAUUAAAGGCGCUGAAAAAGAAGUUAUUAGAUCGAAAUACGAAGAAGAUGUGUAUAUUAAUAAUCAUACGUCUGUAUGGGGUUCUUAUUGGCGCGGAGGACAAUGGGGUUAUCGAUGUUGCUAUUCUUUUAUUAAGAAUUCUUAUUGUUUGGGAGAAGCAGGAAAAUCAGUUAACGCUCAACCUAUGGCAGAUAUAAAAACUAAUGAUGAGCCUAAAGAGGAACAACAUCAUGAAGAUGAAGUUAAAGAAAAGAACGAAGCAGUGGAUAAAGAAAGCGAAGAAUCAGAUUCUAGUAGUUCGUCAGAAGAGGAAAAAUCUAAAGCGAAAUCGAAGAAAAAAUUAAAAAAGAAGAUGAAGAAGCAGAAAAAGAAGCAAAAGAAAAAGGACAAGGAAAAGGAAAAGGAGGUUAAAAUGUCGGCGUCGAUGAAAGAAAUAGACGAAGACGUGAUUGCAGACGAUAGAAAGCGGCCUUACAACAGCAUGUUCGAGGCGAAGAAACCCACAGAAGAACAAAUGGAGGAGUACUACAAGAAGAGGCGAAGGGACGAAGAUCCGAUGAGCCAAUUCAUGUGA